AUGGUUCAAGUACCUAUGAAUACCACGGCUUCGACCUCAAACAUGCGAGCCUCACCCUCUGUCGGUACACCAAACGGUCACUCGGCUUCCAAUCGAGGAAAAUCAAAUGGAAACGGAAAUGCUUCCAAUCCAGCCGCAGCUCCCACAGCUUUGAGUGCCAUGGUAUCCGCACCUCUGGAUUUGACCAGUGUAGAGAGGAGGGGACAGCCAACGGCUAGCCGAGAGAAUCCCAAAAAGAUGCGUCCUCAUGGUCUACAAGAAGCGCCAACAUACAGACCUACGGCAGAAGAAUUCAAGGAUCCAUAUGCAUAUGUUAGAAGUAUUGCGCCGGAAGCUUCACAAUUUGGCAUAUGCAAGAUUAUUCCUCCUGAUACCUGGAAACCAGACUUUGCGAUUGACACCGAGCGUUUCCACUUCCGCACGCGCAAACAAGAAUUAAACUCAGUCGAAGGCAGCACACGAGCAAAUCUUACGUACCUUGAUCAACUUGCAAAAUUCCAUAAACAACAUGGAACGAAUCUCAACCGAUUUCCUAGCGUCGAUAAACGACCUCUCGACUUGUACAAACUUAAGAAGGCGGUGGAAACCAGAGGCGGAUUUGAGAAAGUCUGCAAGCUCAAGAAAUGGGCAGAGAUCGGUAGAGAUUUGGGAUACAGCGGAAAGAUCAUGUCUUCAUUAUCGACGUCAUUAAAGAACUCAUAUCAAAGAUGGUUGCAUCCAUAUGAAGAAUAUCUUCGAUUGGCCAAACCAGGAGUACAUCAACAAUUAGAGUACGAAUACGGAGGACCCCUUACACCAUCUCCUGCGAAUUCACCGAUGAAAAGAUCUGUACAACAUACGCCAUCCAGUUUGAGGGGUGAAUCUCCAGCGAUGCGCGCAUCGGAUGCUCUGAACACAAGUGUAAUGAAGGAGGAAUUCGAAAAGAGCAUGAAGAAUAUUCCGAUGUUAGAUGCUCCGGUCGUACCAAAACCACAACCUACAUCUGGUUUUACUCCAGUAAAUGCUGGUGGUUUUACAGCUGUCAACUCUACACCUGCAUCCUUUACACCUGUCAACAACAAUAACCAUCGCCGCGAACGAGAAUCAAGUGCCGGUUUUACACCAACACCACGAAGACCAUUCGAUAGUCCCAUGUCAUCAGCUAAAAAUACUCCCGAGUACAAACCUUCUGCACUCAGCUCGGCACCGGUAUUAAAUGGUUUUACUUCUAAUCCCUUGCUCAAGAGACAAUUAAGUCAUGAGAGUUUAGACUCGGGUAAAGGAAGUCAACCUCCAGAAGAUUCCGAAAAUGGUGGAAGACGUAGCAAGCGACUUAAGAAAGAUGCUGUACCAACUGUGGCUGGUUCACAUAUGACCCAGUUUCGACCAACACCACCUAGAAAUCCAGGUGAACGUGGGUCCUCAACGCCUGGGGAGAAAUGUGAGACUUGUGGAAAGGGUGAUGAUGCUGAUAAAAUCCUGAUUUGCGAAUCGUGCGAUUAUGGUCAUCAUAUGCAAUGUCUUGACCCUCCUGUGACUCACAAGCCAGACUUCGAUUGGCAUUGUCCUAGAUGCUUAGUUGGAGAUGGUCAAUUCGGAUUCGAAGAAGGUGGAAUCUACUCACUUAAGCAGUUUCAAGAAAAGGCGGCAGACUUCAAGGAAGGAUACUUCCAAAAUAAGAUGCCAUUCGAUCCGGUGCUCAAUUGUCCACGACCUGUUACCGAAGAUGAUAUCGAAAGAGAGUUCUGGCGAUUGGUUGCAAGCCUAGAGGAGACUGUCGAGGUUGAAUACGGUGCCGAUAUUCAUUCAACUACGCACGGAAGUGGAUUCCCGACCAUUGAGAGACAACCACAAAAUCCUUAUUCCACCGAUCCGUGGAAUUUGACCAUCAUGCCUCUGCAUGGAGAGUCUCUAUUCCGACACAUAAAAUCGGAUAUCUCCGGUAUGACUGUGCCUUGGCUUUAUGUUGGCAUGAUCUUCUCGACUUUCUGUUGGCACAAUGAGGAUCAUUACGCAUAUUCCGCAAACUAUCAGCACUUUGGAUCUACAAAGACCUGGUACGGAAUUCCAGGGGAAGAUGCCGAGAAGUUUGAAGACGCCAUGCGAGAAGCUGUUCCCGAACUAUUUGAAACACAACCUGAUUUACUCUUUCAAUUGGUUACACUUUUGACACCAGAACAAUUAAAAAAAGCUGGUGUUAGGGUAUAUGCUCUGGAUCAGAGAGCUGGUCAAUUCGUCAUCACAUUCCCUCAAGCAUACCAUGCCGGUUUCAAUCAUGGAUUUAAUUUCAAUGAAGCUGUCAAUUUUGCACCCACUGAUUGGGAACCAUUUGGAGAUUCUGGAGUCGAAAGGCUUCAGCAAUUUAGAAGGCAGCCAUGCUUUUCCCACGAUGAACUCUUAUGGACUGCGGCUGAGGGUGCGGCAACUGGUGGUGUUACCAUCCAGACAGCCAAAUGGCUUGCUCCCGCUCUUGAACGACUUCGCGAUCGAGAGGUUUCACAAAGAAAGAAUUUCAUUGAUAAACACAAGGUAGAUGGUCACACUUGUGUGAUUACUGAUGUCAUUGAAGGUGCUGGUUCCAGGUGUCAUAUUGGAUUCCAGCUCGACGAAGAAGAUGUGCCAGAAGAAGAGUAUCAAUGCACACACUGCAAAGCAUAUGCAUAUAUGUCAAGGUUUAAGUGUAGUAAGAGUGGCAAGGUCAUGUGUCUACUCCACGCAGGGGCUUAUGAAUGUUGCGAUGUUCCUGAGGCAGAAAGAUUUGUGGGUACUAACCACACACUCCACUAUCGUCGUACAGAAGAAGCUAUUUCGACCAUGCACCAAAAAGUCGCUGACAAAGCAGCCUUACCUGAAAUUUGGGAGGAGAAAGUGGAAAAGUUUCUUGAAGAAGAUGCGACUCCAUCACUGAAAACUUUGCGUACCCUUCUAAACGAAGGAGAGCGCAUCCCGUAUGAUUUACCAUCCCUCCCUUCGCUGAAGAAAUUUGUUGAUCGAUGUAACGAAUGGGUGGAAGAAGCGACAAAUUACACCGUUCGAAAACAGCAGAACCGAAGAAAGAACGAGAAAGCUUGGCGUAAAGGGAGUAGGGCAGCGGAAAUGGAAGAGAGAGAUCGUGAACUACGAAAGUUCGAAAACAUCACCAAGUUACUGAAAGAUGCCGAUAGAAUUGGAUUCCAUUGUCCCGAAAUCGAUCAACUACGAGAGCGAGCCGAUGCUAUUACGAAGUUUCAGACCGAUGCUAGAGCUGCUUUAGCCCACCCAAGUUCACGACGUACCAAUGAAUUUGAAGAACUUCUUGAAGUAGGGCGUGGAUUCAAUGUGGAUAUGCCUGAAAUUGAUAAGCUUGAGAAGGAAGUUCAACAAAUGAAGUGGAAUGAUCGUGCCCGUGAUAAUCGUGGAAUUUUCCUCUCAUUGAAGGAAGUCGGUGAUAUUAUUGACGAAGCUGCCAAACUUCAGGUACCGGAUUAUAACGAUUACUUGAUCUACUAUAAAGAACAGAAAAUUGCUGGUAUGAAUUGGGAAGUGAAAGCCAAAGAAGUCAUUGGUGCGGAGACUGUUCACUACCCACAAUUGGAGGCUCUAUCUCAACAAGCUCAAGUUGCUUCAUUGCCCGUAUCACAAGAGACACUAGCUCAGGUUGAUCAAAUCUUGAACAAGCAUCGAGAAGUACACAAACAGAUCGUUUCCCUGUACGACAGAUGUAGGGAUCCUGACUACAUGAAACGACCAGCCUAUGCAGAAGUUGCCGUACUUCAAAAAGAACUCCAAGGUUUGGGUAGCAAGCCAAGUGGCACUCUCGAUUUGGAAAAGGAGAUAAAGAGGCAUGAAGAUUGGAUGCGUAAAGGCAAGAAGUUAUUCGGCAAGGCAAAUGCUCCCUUGCAUAUUCUCAAGCAACAUAUGGAAUAUGUCAUGGAACGAAAUGUUGAUUGUUUCGAUAUCAGUCAAGAUAAGCCGCGACUUCCUGCCGAACCACUAUCCCGUGAACCUUCCCCUUCAACCGACAAACUCCACAGUUGGGAAGAUCCAAGAUUUCGAGAAGUGUUCUGUAUUUGUCGAAGAGUUGAAGCUGGUAUGAUGAUUGAGUGUGAGCUUUGUCAUGAGUGGUACCAUGGUAAAUGUUUAAAGAUUGCUCGUGGUAAAGUUAAGGAUGACGAGAAGUAUACUUGUCCAAUUUGUGAUUGGCGCGUACGUAUACCUCGUGAUGCAGCUAGGCCCAAGCUCGAGGAUCUGCAAGCAUGGCAAGAUGAGAUUCCGUCUUUACCAUUUCAACCUGAUGAAGAAGCUAUUCUUGAAUCCAUUAUCAAUAAUGCUCAAGAAUUUCGAAGUCACAUUGCACCAUUUUGCAAUCCAGUCAUGGCAACAGCAGACGAAUCCGAAACUCAACGCUUUUAUCUACGAAAGAUUGAAGGUUCAGAAAUACUUCUUGCAUAUGAAACCAAUUUCUUCAGACAAGAACUUCAUAAAUGGUCACCAGUAGCACCAGAACCUCCGCCAGUCCUUGAAUCCUCGAAAUCAACACGAAAGCCUAGACCAACCAAACUUCAAAAGUUGAUGGCGCAACAUGGGGUUGAUGAUCCAGAAGCUUUACCACAAAAUUUAAGGACCAAACCUCAUAAUUUUAAAAGAAAGAGUAGUGAACCUAGUGGAAGUCGACCGAUGCCUUUGCAACCUGCCCCAGGAAGAUCACAGCCUGGGACUCCCACGGCUCAUAGUUUUGCAUCUAGUUCUGGUCCAAGUAUGGGUCCUCAUGGACCGGUUUUGAGUGGGAUUCCAAGUGCUCAUGAUCAUGCGCACCCUUAUUCUAAUUACUCGCAAGAUUCAUAUAGUAGUAUAACUGCUUCAACAAAUCCAUCUCCAGCUUUCGCUCCACAUGCUUAUUUGCAUGGUGGUGUGGUUGGAACACCUACAUUUGGUCAUACAUCCCCACAUCGUCCGAACAUUUUUAGUGAGGCUGGAUUAUCAAGGAUGGAUCCUUCUGCUUCGCUCCAUAGUCCGAUGAGAGAAAAUUUCUCGUUGGGAGUUAGUGGUGUUGGUCAAACUCCUUUAGGUGUCACUGUUGGUGAAGAUAAGAUGUUGGGGGACAAGUUGUUUGGAGAACUUACGAAUGGUGAUGAAGAGCCUACAGGGAAUAAAGAUGUGUCAUCGGUUGAUAGAAAACCAAUUGAUGACAAGGAUGCAACUGAAGCUACGAAAUGGGAUGAAGGAGGUGAUAAUAUGGAGUUAUUCUUCGAUGGGCCUUGA